AAGUGCGCUUGGACUGCAGAAAGCAGCAGGAUGAAGGGUAGUGUGCAGCUAGGGCUGUUGUGUCUCAGCCUGUUCGUCUUAAGUCUUCAUGGAGAAAAAGAAGUUGAAACAGAUACAAGCAUGCAAAUGCCAGUGAACUUUGAUGAGCCGGAGCUUCAUCAGUCUGAGACGGGCAGAGUACAACGACACACAGUCUCCACAGAGAAGAAAAAAGCUGUUGCACCAAAAACUAAGCAAACUCUGAAACAUCCAGGAAGUCUCUCUCCUUUGGGAGACAUCCCAAAGACAAAUCACCGCACCAAGAGGCAAGAAAACAGGAACAAGAAACCGAAAAGGCGUCCAGGAAGUGGCAGCGCUUUAGAAAGCCUCGACAUUUCACCGACUGCGGGAUGGCUUGCCGAAUAAAAUGACCUAAAGUCAAGACUCCUUCCCAACAAGGCUCCCCGAAUCAAGAACAAAGGAAUGUGCCGCGUUUCAUAAAGAGUGUUUCAGGCUCAAGUUAUGCUUGUGAUAAUCAUUUUAUGGCUUUUAUUUUCCAAGUGCAUUUUGGUUAAGUACUAAACUGUAUGGAGAACAAAAUGUAUUUACUCAACAGUCCCCCCGUGUGUGAUUCUUAUUCGCAUCACUAGGGGGCGAUAUUUACAAGAGAUGAGCGCUUAAACCGGCUUGGCUUCUGUUAAAACGAAACGUUUGAUAUCUGUUUAUCUUUAUCUCUUAAUUACAAUAAAGCAUUCGUGUUUAAA